CCGGGCUCUCGCUCGUAGUCGCGGGCGGUUCGCGUCACUCUCGCCGUGCGGCGCUGCCGGGUCGCCCCUUGGAGACCGGUUGACCGCCGCGGCUGCCAUGAUGCGGCGCAGUAAGGCCGAGGUGGAGCGGUACAUCGCCUCCGUGCAGGCCGCCGCGCCGUCCCCCCGCGAGAAAUCAAUUAAAGGAUUCUUUUUUGCUAAGCUGUAUUAUGAAGCAAAAGAAUAUGAACUUGCUAAAAGGUAUAUAUCAACAUACCUUAGCGUACAGGAGAGAGAUCCAAAAGCUCACAGAUUCCUUGGCCAGCUCUAUGAAGCUGAAGAUAACAUAGAAAAGGCUGUGGGUUGUUAUAAGCGUUCAGUGGAGUUGAACCCAACUCAGAAAGACCUUGUACUGAAAAUUGCGGAAUUAUUGUGUAAAAAUGAUGUUACUGAUGGAAGAGGAAAAUAUUGGGUUGAGAGAGCUGCUAAACAUUUCCCUGGAAGCUCUGCUGUGUACAGAUUGAAGGAGCAGUUACUGGAUUGUAAAGGUGAGGAUGGAUGGAAUCAGCUUUUUGACCUGAUUCAGUCAGAACUCUAUGCAAGACCAGAUGAUGUCUAUGUAAACAUCAGGCUAGUUGAACUCUACCGGUCAAAUCAGAGACUUGGAGAUGCUGUGGCUCACUGCUGUGAAGCAGAAAAGAAGAUAACUUCUCGGUCAAGCUUGGAAUGGUGUUCCUGUGUUGUACAGACACUUAAGGAAUAUCUGGAAUCUGUACAAGACUCAGAAUCUGAUAAAAGUAACUGGAGAACCACCAACAAGGAUCUGCUGCUGGCCUAUUCCAACCUUGUAGUAAUGACACUUUCUACUAGAGACGUUCAAGAAAGUAGAGAAGUACUUGAAAGUUUUGAUAGCGCACUUCACUCUGUGAAACUGUAUGUGAAUGGGACUGAUGAACUGUCUGUGACUUUCAUGGAAAUGAGAGGUCACUUCUACCUGCAUGCUGGAACUCUGCUACUGAAAAUGGCUGAACACAGCGAGGCCCAGAGGAGAGCUGUUUCUGAACUGGCAGCUUUGUGUUACCUGAUUGCUUUUCAAGUUCCUAAACCAAAGGCAAAACUUAUAAAAGGAGACCAAGCCGGACAAGAAAUACUAGAAAUGCUAGCUUGUGAUCGACUAAGCCAGUCUGGUCACAUGUUGCUAAACCUAAGUUAUGGCAAGCAAGACUUCUUGAAAGAGAUUGUGGAGUCUUUUGCAAACAAAAGUGGGCAAUCUACUUUAUUUGAUGCACUCUUUGAGAGAGGCAUUUCUAGAGAGCGAUCUUUCCUUGGCACAGAUGAUAUUGGAAACAUCAGUGUACAUCCACCGGAACGCAUGGAACUUGCUAGACAUGAUAUUGGUGCUGUUCGAAUGCACAACGGUAGUCUCCAGCACCUUAUAUGGCUUGGUUUACAGUGGAAUUUCAUGUCCAUUUUACCUGCAAUACGCCGGUGGUUAAAACAGCUCUUCCACUUGCCCCAGGAGACAUCAAGACUUGAGACCAACGCUCCAGAAUCAAUUUGCUUAUUGGACCUUGAGGUGUUUCUACUUGGGGUGAUAUUUACUAGCCACUUACAGUUGCAAGAAAAGUUUAAUACUCAGUACAGUUCACAUCAGCCGCAAUUUUUGCCUCUACCAGUGAGCAAACAGCUUUGUACUGAAAGACAGAGAUCCUGGUGGGAGGCUGUUUAUACUCUUCUUCACAAAAAAGCAUUACCUGGCACAGCAGCAAAAUUGAGGAUCCUAGUCCAACAUGAAAUAAACACUCUGAGGGCACUGGAGAAACCAGGCCUUCAGCCUGCCUUAAUCAUACAUUGGGCAAGGAGUCUGCAAAAGACAGGCAGUAGUCUAAACUCUUUCUAUGACCAAAGGGAAUACAUUGGCCGAAGUGUUUAUUUUUGGAAAAAAGUUUUACCUAUGCUGGAGACUAUCAAAAAGAAGAAAAGCAUUCCUGAACCUGCUGAUCCUCUGUUUAAACACUUCCAUAGUGUAGACAUCCAGCCUUCUCAAGUUGCAGAAUAUGAACAGGAGGAACGUAUAGCAUCUGCUAUGCUCGCUGCAGUUGAUGGAAGAACUGAAGAUGCCUUGCUAGCAUUUGAAAAUAUUAAGAAUGUUGUUUCAUACUGGAAUCUUGCACUAAUAUUCCAAAGAAAGGCUGAGGAGAUUGAGAGUGAUGCACUCUCACCAGAAGAACAAGAAGAAUGCAAAAAUCACUUGCGAAAGAGUAGAGACUAUCUAAUGAAGAUCAUUGAUGAAAGUUUUACAGACAUUUCAGUAAUUGAGAAGUUACCAGUGUCAAUAGAAACUGUGAAGGAGACGCUGGAUACAGUAAUUCAUGAACUUGGGGAUUAUGGUGAAGAAGGAAGCCCAGUCUUCAAGAAUGAUCUGUCUCAAGUUGCAGCUGCAGAAGUAAAACACUCUACUCCCUCACCAACAAAAUUUACUUUAUCACCAAGUAAAAGCUACAAGUUCUCUCCAAAGACUCCCCCUCGCUGGGCAGAAGAUCAGAAAUCCUUGCUUCAGAUGAUCUGUCAGCAAGUAGAAGCCCUUAAGAAUGAGAUGCAUGAAAUGAAACUAAAUUCCAGCUCAAACUUGUCAUCUCAUCGUUGGCCUUCUGAAAGCUAUGGAGCAGAUACAAUGUCAGAUGGCUAUCAAGGAGCACAAAACUUUCACGGAGCACCAUUAACAGUUGCCACUACUGGCCCAUCUGUCUAUUACAGCCAGUCACCUGCAUAUAACUCUCAGUACCUUCUCAGAACAGCUGCCACCAAUGUAACACCAACAAAGGCUCCUGUCUAUGGUAUGAACAGGCUUACACCUCAGCAACAUAUAUAUGCCUAUCAGCAGCCAAUGCACACACCACCACUGCAGAACACUUCUGCAUGUAUGUUUUCCCAAGAAAUAUAUGGCGGUCCAUUGCGUUUUGAUUCUCCUGCUACUGGGCUUCUGUCUCCACGUGGUGGGGAUGAGUAUUAUAAUUACAGUGUUCCACAAGCAAGCUCAAAUCCACCAUUACCUGAACCAGGCUAUUUCACAAAGCCUUCAAUUGCUCCUCCAGCUGCAAAGCCUGCAGAACAAAAAGUGGUAGAAUUUGGGAAAUCUACCUUUGGGCAACCUGUACCAACAGAAGUAACAAAACCCUCUCUGAUGGCGCCAGCACAUUCCGCUCAGUCAACAACUUUUAAGUUCAACUCUAACUUCAAAUCAAAUGAUGGAGACUUCACAUUUUCUUCACCUCAAGUUCUAACACAGUCUUCCAACACAACUUUUAAUAGUAGUGAAAGCCUGUUGGGUCUUCUGACGUCAGAUAAACCGUUACAAGACGAGCGGUGUACAGGACAAAAAACAGUUCCGGAUCAUACACCUAGCCAAAGAAAUGUCUUCAGUUUUGGUAAUAAAAGUAUUUCAGGCAUCCCAUUUACAGAAAACAUGGGACAAAACCAACCUAAAAAUUCUUUCUUUGGGAAAGGUGACACAGUUGGCUUCCAUGAAAUGGGAAAACCAGGGUUUGGGACCCCAAGUUUAGAUCUGGCCAACAAAAGUCAUGAAACUGAUGGCGGAAGCGUCCAUGGAGGUGAAGAUGAAGAUGAUGGUCCUCACUUUGAGCCUGUUGUGCCACUCCCUGAUAAGAUAGAAGUAAAGACAGGGGAAGAAGAUGAGGAAGAAUUCUUUUGCAAUAGAGCGAAGCUGUUCCGUUUUGCAGAAUCUAAAGAAUGGAAAGAAAGGGGCAUUGGAAACGUGAAAAUACUGAGACACAAAAUAUCUGGCAAAUUUCGUCUACUUAUGAGACGGGAACAAGUGUUGAAAAUCUGUGCAAAUCAUUAUAUAAAUACUGACAUGAAACUGAAACCAAAUGCUGGUUCAGACAAAACAUUUGUGUGGCAUGCUGUAGAUUAUGCAGACGAAUCGCCAAAACCUGAACAGCUUGCCAUUAGAUUCAAAACGCCAGAGGAGGCAAUGCUUUUCAAAUGCAAAUUUGAAGAGGCACAAAAUAUUUUGAGAACAUCUGGAGCAACCACUCAGCACAUUGAAAGUUCCAGACAAACAGUCAAUCAAGAUAUCAAGGAGCCUUGCAAAUCUACUCCUGGACCCCUGAACUUUGGAUUUCAAUUUAAGAAAGAGGGAAUGUGGGAGUGUAAUUUCUGCCAGAGGAAAAAUAGUACAGCUUCAUCCCUGUGUACUGCAUGCCAGGCUUCAGUUCCAAAUACAGGUAGUUCCGUAAAAGGACCUGAUAGCAAGAGCAGUUUUAUAUCUAUGUUGGAUGUAUCCACACCAUCCUUUUCCUUUGGAAAGGAAAUGCCAUCUACAUAUACUGCUAGUGGAUUGGGCGAACAGUUUACGCCAAGAAAAGAUCAGUGGAAGUGUAGAUUGUGUUUCACUUGUAAUGACGUAACAGCUAAGAACUGUAUAUCAUGUAAUGGUCCAAAUCUGAAUAAUAAGGAAACAUAUGUUGUACCAGUAGCUGAAACCGCUGCAGGUUUUAUAUCUAACACUGAGACCAUACAGAAUGCAUUUGGAUCAGUUACUGUUAGAAAGGAAGGUCAGUGGGAUUGCAGUGUGUGCUCAGUGAAGAAUGAAGCAACAGCUGUAAACUGUGUGGCCUGCGAGAACCCAAAUCUGGCUAACAUGCAAAUGUCUGGUCAGCCCGCUUCCUUUAAAUUUGGCCAAGUGGAUGUUGAAAAGAGUUCAGAAAAUGAUCCUGCUUCUGCUUGCUCCAAAAAGGAGGGUCAGUGGUAUUGCAUGGUGUGCUUAGUAAGAAAUGAAGCAACAACAGUAAAUUGUGUGACCUGCAAAGCUCCUCAUUCUCAAGAUCUGAAGGUCCCUGCGUCUACUGUUCAGACAUCUUCUGAAAGUAAACCCCCUAAAAAUGGAUUUGGAGGGCUCUUUGCUAAAAUGGAAGGACAGUGGGAUUGUCCUGUUUGUUUAGUACGGAAUGAAGCCACUUCUGCAACCUGUGUAGCCUGUCAAGCACACAAUCCAAAUCAGGCUAACAUACCAAAGUCUGAUCAGCCAGACUCCUUUAAAUUUGGGCAAGUGGAUGUUGCAAAGAGAUCACAAAUUGAGCUUGCUUCUGCUUGCUUCGAAAAGGAGGGUCAGUGGUAUUGCAAGGUGUGCUUAGUAAGAAAUGAAGCAACAACAGUAACUUGUGUGGCCUGCAAAGCUUCUCAUUCUGAAGGUCUGCUGAAGGUCCCUGCGUCUACUGUUCAGACAUCUUCUGAAAGUAAACCCCCUAAAAAUGGAUUUGGAGGGCUCUUUGCAAAAAUGGAAGGACAGUGGGAUUGUUCUGUUUGUUUAGUACGAAAUGAAGCCUCUUCUGCAACCUGUGUAGCCUGUCAAACGCACAAUCCAAAUCAGGCUAACAUACCAAAGUCUGAUCAGCCAGACUCCUUUAAAUUUGGGCAAGCGGAUGUUGCAAAGAGAUCACAAAAUGAGCUUGCUUCUGCUUGCUUCGAAAAGGAGGGUCAGUGGUAUUGCAAAGUGUGCUUAGUAAGAAAUGAAGCAACAACAGUAACUUGUGUGGUCUGCAAAGCUCUUCAUUCUCAAGGUCUGCUGAAGGUCCCUGCGUCUACUGUUCAGACAUCUUCUGAAAGUAAACCCCCUAAGAAUGGAUUUGGAGGGCUCUUUGCUAAAAUGGAAGGACAGUGGGAUUGUUCUGUUUGUUUAGUACGAAAUGAAGCCUCUUCUGCAACCUGUGUAGCCUGUCAAGCGCACAAUCCAAAUCAGGUUAACAUACCAAAGUCUGAUCAGCCAGGCUCCUUUAACUUUGGCCAAGGGGAUAUUGCAGAGAGUUCACAAAAUGAGCUUGCUUCUGCUUGCUCUGAAAAGGAGGGUCAGUGGUAUUGCAAGGUGUGCUUAGUAAGAAAUGAAGCGACAACAGUAAAUUGUGUGGCCUGCAAAGCUCCUCAUUCUCAAGGUCUGCUGAAGGUUCCUGCGUCUACUGGUCAGACAUCUUCUGAAAGUAAACCCCCUAAGAAUGGAUUUGGAGGGCUCUUUGCUAAAAUGGAAGGACAGUGGGAUUGUUCUGUUUGUUUAGUACGAAAUGAAGCCUCUUCUGCAGCCUGCAUAGCCUGUCAAACACAAAAUCCAUCUAGUAAAGCUGGGGAUGCCACCUCAACUCCUGCAUUUGGCUUCAAGAGCAAAUUGUCUGAAUCUGCCGGAGGACAAUUGGGAACAGGUUUUAAGAGUGACUUUUCAGAAAAAGACUUUAAAUUUGGUCAUGCAGAAGGAAAGGCACCUUCCUUCACAUUUCAGAUUCCUUCUGGUAGUGAAGCUAACCCUACAAAUGAAGGAUUUAACUUUUCUAUGCCUGUGCCUGCAGGUGGAUUUAAAUUUGGCAUACAAGAGCCUGGCAAAAAUAUUACAAAGAAAGAUGAGCCACCCAAAGAAAGUACAACAGGCUUCUUAAAAAGUCUUGACAAAAAGGAGAAAAGAGAUGCUCCUUUUUCAGAAGGUGGGGCUGGUAUCCGGUCUCCAGGAGCUUCUAAUAAGCCAACUGGUGAUUUAGUUUUUGGGCAGAAUAGCAGCACUUUCACUUUUGCUGAUCUUGCAAAAACUACUUCUGGAGAAGGAUUCCAGUUUGGGAAAAAAGAUCCAAACUUCAAGGGCUUUUCAGGUGCAGGUGAAAAACUGUUUUCCUCACAGAGUUCUAAAAUGGAUCACAAAGUUAAUACUGCUGAUCUAGAGAAGGAUGAUGAUUCAUAUAAGACUGAGGAUUGUGAUGAUAUUCACUUUGACCCAGUUGUCCAAAUGCCUGAAAAAGUAGAGCUAGUAACAGGGGAAGAGGAUGAGAAAGUACUCUAUUCACAAAGGAUAAAACUCUUUAGGUUUGAUGCAGAAAUAAGUCAGUGGAAAGAACGAGGUGUGGGCAACUUAAAAAUUCUUAAAAAUGAAGAUAAUGGCAAGCUAAGAAUUCUAAUGCGACGCGAACAGGUACUAAAAGUAUGUGCAAACCAUUUGAUAACUACUACCAUGAACUUGAAACCUCUGUCUGGCUCAGAUAAAGCAUGGAUGUGGCUAGCUAGUGACUUUUCUGAUGGUGAUGCAAGGCUGGAGCAGCUAGCAGCUAAAUUUAAGACACCAGAGCAGGCUGAGGAAUUCAAACAAAAAUUCGAAGAGUGUCAGAGGCUGUUGUUGGAUAUACCACUGCAGACCCCACAUAAACUUGUUGACACAGGUAGGACAGCUCAACUUAUACAGAAAGCAGAAGAAAUGAAAACUGGAUUGAAAGAUCUCAAAACGUUUUUGACAGAUGAUAAAACGAAACUUACAGAGGAAGAGAAGAGAAGCUCACCUUUAGCCAUCAGUACUUCUGACUUGGUUAUAAAGCCACAUGCGGAAAGCACUGCACCUACGUUGGAAUGGGAUAACUAUGACUUGCGUGAAGAAGCAUUGGAUGAUAGUGUUAGUAGCUCUGUGUAUGCAUCGCCUCUGGCAAGUAGUCCUGUAAGAAAAAAUCUGUUCAGAUUUGGGGAAUCUACAACUGGAUUUAACUUUAGCUUCAAAUCUGCCUUAAGCCCCUCAAAGUCUCCUGCCAAGCAGAACCAGAGCAGAUCAUCUGUAGGCACUGAUGAAGAGUCUGAUAUCACUCAAGAAGAAGAAAGAGAUGGACAGUACUUUGAACCUGUGGUACCUUUACCUGACCUUGUAGAAGUGACAAGUGGUGAAGAAAAUGAGCAAGUUGUUUUCAGUCACAGAGCUAAACUCUAUAGAUAUGACAAGGAUGCUAAUCAGUGGAAAGAGAGGGGUAUUGGGGAUAUAAAGAUUCUACAGAACUAUGACAACAAACAAGUUCGUAUAGUAAUGAGAAGGGAUCAGGUAUUAAAACUCUGUGCCAAUCAUAGAAUAACACCAGACAUGAACAUACAGCAGAUGAAAGGAACUGAUAGAGCAUGGGUAUGGACUGCCUGUGACUUUGCAGAUGGGGAAAGAAAGGUGGAGCUCUUAGCUGUGAGGUUCAAGCUUCAAGAUGUUGCAGACUCAUUUAAGCAAAUUUUUGAUGAAGCAAAACAUGCCCAAGAAAAAGACACCUUGAUUACACCCCUCUCUUCACGUGCCAGUACUCCAAAGGAAUCUCCGUGUGGUAAAAUUGCUGUAGUUGUACUGGAGGAAACCACCAGGGAGAGAACUGAUCAGAUCCAUGAUGAGGAUACCUCUGAUGUGACUGUAGAGGCAUCGGAGGUGUCGAGCACUUCCGAAACACCAACAAAAGCAGUGGUUUCUCCUCCUAAAUUUGUAUUUGGCUCGGAAUCUGUCAAGAGCAUUUUUAGUAGUGAAAAAUCAAAGCCAUUCACAUUUGGAAAUACUUCAGCUACUGGAUCUCUGUUUGGCUUCAGCUUUACCCCUCCUUCAAAAAAUAAAACUGAAGAUGCUAGUUCAGUGUCACAAAAUACAAUGCAGAGAGAACUCAAAGUAACUGAACCUCAGAAAAGCCAUGCUGUUAAUCAGAAGGCUUCAGAUGGCAAGAUGGAAAACAAUUCAGUUUCUUCAACAGAAGAGUCUUCAAAUUGCAUAUUUAAAACACUAGAAAAAGUUGAGAGCAAAAAGGAAUCCCCUGUAGAAACUCAGUCUGAUGAUGUGCUCAUUGUGUAUGAAUUGAAACCUACACCUGAACAGAAGGCUCUUGCUGACUCUCUUAAACUCCCUUCAACAUUCUUCUGCUACAAGAACAAGGCUGGUUAUGUCAGUGAAGAGGAUGAUGAUGAAGACUAUGACACAGCUGUUAAGAAACUGAAUGGAAAGUUAUAUGCUGAUGAUCCAGAGGAAUGUACAUCUUCACAAGAUCCAGUGAAAGUAAUUUGUAGUGUGCUGUCUGUAGGUAUGGCCUGUGAGGAUGAACCAAAGAGUGAGAGAGAGUGCGUCAUUGUUUGGGAAAAGAAACCAACUCCUGAGGAGAAGGUCAAAGCAGAGACUCUAAUGCUCCCUUCAACAUUUUUCUGUGGUGUUGGCAGUGAUACUGAUGAAGACCAUGACAAUCUGGAAAAUUUUCAUACAGAACUGAUGAAAAAAACUCAAGAAGUUAAAGAGUCUCAAGAAAAUGAAGUUACCAGUUCAUCUGAUGUAGUCUUUACCAGGGAAGUAUCUGUUCCCUCAAUCAAUGAGGAAGCAAUAUCUGUUCAAUCAACCAUUACAUCUGAAGAACCAGUGUCUACCACAGAAUGUACACAUGUAUCUCAGACUUUAUCAGGGACUGAUGACAAGCCUGUGGAUUUGUCAACUAAAAAGGAAAAUGAUCCAGAUUCUACAGACUCAACAGUUCAAGGAACUGGACCCCUCUCAUUUGGAUUUGACACUGCUGCUGGCUUGUCAUUUGCUGAUCUGGCUUCAAAAAAUUCUGGGGACUUUGCUUUUGGUUCUAAAGAUAAAAACUUCAAGUGGGCAAAUACUGGAGCAACAGUAUUUGGAGUACACGCAACCAGUAAAGGAGAGGAAGAGGAUGGUAGUGAUGAAGAAGAGGUCCAUAGUGAAGAUAUCCACUUUGAACCUAUAGUGUCCUUGCCAGAGGUGGAAGUUAAAUCUGGAGAAGAAGAUGAAGAAAUUCUCUUCAAAGAGAGGGCAAAACUCUACAGAUGGGACAGGGAAGUGUCUCAGUGGAAAGAACGUGGAGUUGGAGAGAUCAAGAUCCUCUUCCAUACCCAGAAGAAAUAUUACAGAAUUCUGAUGAGAAGGGACCAGGUUCUCAAAGUCUGUGCAAAUCAUAUUAUCACAAAAUCCAUGAACUUAAAGCCCUUGAAUACAUCAAACAAUGCUUUAGUUUGGACUGCCGCAGAUCACUCUGAUGGUGAAGGAAAAGUAGAACAACUUGCGGUCAGGUUUAAAAACCAAGAAAUGGCUGAUUCUUUUAAGAGGAGGUUUGAAGAAUGCCAACGAAGCUCAUCAGAACUGCAGAAAAAACAUGUAUCCUUGGCAGCAGGACUGUCAAAGGAGAGCAACCCUGUAGUGUAUUUUGAAGUUUCUGCUGAUGAUGAACCAAUAGGACACGUAACCAUGGAACUCUUUUCAAAUAUUGUUCCUCGCACUGCUGAAAACUUCAGGGCCCUGUGCACAGGGGAAAAAGGAUUUGGGUUCAAGAACUCCACAUUUUUUAGAAUAGUUCCUGAUUUUAUGUGCCAGGGAGGAGAUAUCACUAAACAAGAUGGAACAGGUGGACGGUCCAUUUACGGAGAGGCAUUUGAGGAUGAGAACUUUGAAGUGAAACACACUGGUCCUGGAUUACUCUCAAUGGCAAAUAGGGGCCGAGACACAAAUAAUUCUCAAUUUUUUAUUACACUUAAAAAAGCAGAACACUUGGACUUUAAACAUGUGGUAUUUGGAUUUGUGAAGGAUGGCAUGGAUGUUGUAAAAAAGAUGGAAUCUUUUGGUUCUCCCAAGGGAGCAGUGAGCAGAAGAAUUGUUAUUACAGACUGUGGACAAAUAUAGAAUCAUUGGUUUAACCUCAUACCAAUAAUCUUUUAACAGCCUAAGUUGAAGUUUACCUGUUGGCCAAUUAUGUUCAGCAUUUUGAAAUGAACACUUCUGAUGUAUAAAUGUAAAAUUUACAGCUUUAUAGCCAAGUAUUUUUUUUUAAUGUGUUCUAAUUGAUUUUGCAUGUUGUGAAAUAAAACAGUUCAAGCACUGGUGCAUUUCAGGUGUAUUUGUUAUUCUGACAUUUGUAUUAAAUGUCCAUUUUCAAAUUAAAUCCUAGUCUUGUUAAAGCAAUGGUCUGUGUCUUCACUUUGGUUUGUACAAGGAAUAUUACCGUUUCAGCUAUUCUGGGUUGCUGCUCUGAUGUAUCAACAUCUUGAGUAAGAGGAUUUAGUAUGGAAGUGCUGGAGACAUGUGGAAACAGCUAAUGGAUUCACCUUUUAACAUCAUCCCUGUAAGCAGGACCACUUUGUUUUAUACACUAAAGGCUUGUAUUGGCUACUUGGUAGUGUUGUGAGUCGUAUUUGGGUACCUGAACACUGAUGUUGGUAAAUUACUGCCUGUGUAAGGUUGUUAUAGGCUUUCAUUGUCAAGAUCUAAUGGAUACAUUAAGGUCUCUUUUUGUCAUUAGGCUUUUCUGCACAUAUUAUUCCUAUGUACAGAGGAUACUACUAAUAAAAUAUUUGACUAUAGGAUAAAUGAACCUAGUAACGCUUAUUGGGUGGGAAAACUGGAAACAAAAAAACAAACCCUGAAAACUACUGUUCUGCAGACUUGCAUCAAAUGUUACCGGAUGACCUUUUUGUCACCAUGCUGCUUGAAUCAUUUGGGGCAAAUGCAGUUUUUAGUUCUUUUUAUGAUAGCUUGUUUCUGCUGAAUGGCAAAUGUUGGCUUAAAUUUAGUACAGAGCAACAAAGUAAUUGUGUAAAUUACACUUAUUAAUAAAGAGGGUUUUUUCUGUUAAACCUUUUAUAAACAUGAUUAAUGAGUUAAAGCAAUUUAAUUACGAAAGUUUUGUGAAGUAUGUAGGUAAUGUGUGAAUCCUUCAUAUAUAAAAAACAAUCUUUUCACUUUUAAUAAAAUACGUUAUUCAUAAUGUCAGUUUUGUAAAAUAAUCAGUUUUACAAUAUGAAUUAAGCUAGAAAAGGUGGGGAGGAUUGCAGAAAUGUGUUUUCUGUUCUGUUCUUUCUUUGUGACUUUUUAAAAGUAAACAAAAUGUAAAGCAUCCAUGGUUUUCUGUUGCUUUAAACUUGUGGAGCUAAAUAAACGAGUCUGGAGCUUUCCAUCCUCAUGACUUCAAACUGUAGUUGAGUAGCAACAAGAUUCAAAUCACCAUGAUUUUAUUACACUUUAUCAAUAGAUAGUUAUAUAAAAAAUAGUUCAAUGUAAAAUGAAACUUUUUGCAUUGUUUUUGCCUAAAUUUAAAUAAAAUUGAAUUGGGAA